GCCAGAGGCUGGGCCCUUCAAAGCCGUACUCGAGGAGGUUCGUGUUGCGGAGCCCCUGCUACUGCCGUCGGCUCCUGCUGCUGCGGAAAGCCAAGAAGAGGUGCAGCCAGAGGCGCAGCCCGUCGUGCAGCCGCCGGCUGCUGCUGCUGUGCAGAGGCAGCUACAGGUGCGGCCGGAGGCAGACAGUGCCGACGUGGACGCUUCCGAGAAGCCGCAGGCGAAUUCCAUUGCCAAGAAGCGAAGUUUGUUAGAGUGCGUAGAAGACAUGAAGAAGGCACGCAAGCAGCUGAAGUGUGGCAAGGAGGCUGCAGCUUCUGCGACGAAGCCCACCGAGAGCACGGAUCUGAACGUUGCGCCGACUCGCCGCUGCCGCGAGAAGACGGGGCCUGCGGCAGCCAAGCCCAAGCCGGCGCCCGCCAAGCCGAAGGGUGUCCAGGCGGGUUGCCCUGAGGGCGGCAAAAAGAAGGAGAUUGCUGCUGCGCGCGGACAGGCAACGGUGACGAAGCAGCCAGAGGAUCCCGAUGUUCUGCCGGUGGAUCGGAUUUUGGUGGUCUAUGCAGCCACCAAGAGCUACCUUCUGGCAGUCACUGGCGGCAAGAAACGACUCCUGGUCUGCGUGGAGGAGAAGAUGAACAGGGACCAUGCUCGCUGGAUUGGCAAGCUGCACAAGCAAGGCUUGAAGCAGCAGCUCCCUCAGUUCCGCGACUUGAAGCAGUCCCUCCUCGAGGGCCGCGCGAAGUUCCUGCAGAAAGCAAAGGCACUACCGCACACUACGCCGCACUACGAGACGCAGACGCUGAGCACUGGCGCCGCUGAAGCUCCUCCGCCGGAAACCUUGGUGCUUGUGCACAAGGACUGUAGCAAGUGCCAGAAACGGUUUGCACAGGACGAGCUCUACAAGAAGAGUGCAAACCGGUACUUGUGUGGCAAUUGUAAUAAAUUGUCUACUUUCCUUUGUAGGUUGGAUUUGCCAGACAACUUCCGCCAGCUCAACAGCAACCAGCUGUGUGAGUUUUACAACAGCGUCUCCAAAAUGACGAGCGAGGACGGCAAACUCUGCCUGCACAAGGUCAGCACCCAAGUGCAGCUCGCGCUGGAGAUGUCGGUUGAGAACUCCUCCAGCUCCAGUCUGGGAGGGGAGUUCCUUCCGCUUUCCGUGCUGACGAUGCAGGGUUGGGACCCGGCCCUUGUUCAGAGCGCGGGCAUCCGCAGGGAUGACCCGAAGCUCGGAGUCGUUUACAAAAUGGAGGUGCUGUCGGAAAAAGUGGAAGAAAAGCAAGCAGUCAAAAGGAAAGAGGGCACCACAGUCAACCUUCGUGCCAAGAAGGCAAAGGGGGGACCGCAGGAGGAAGCGCCGCAGCUGGUCUCUUCCGACGAGGAAGAAGGCGGCCCGGAGAGCAAAGAGACCAGGAAAAACAAGAAAGCUGCGGAGAAGCUUAGGCUCAAGGCUGCCAGGAGGGACGCGGCCCUGGCUUCCAAGACCGUCUCGGCGUUGGCCCCGCUGCUCUUGCAGGUGAAGGACGAGGAAAAGAAGAAGAAGGCCGGGGACCUGGUCCAAGAGGCCACGGCGUUCUUGGAGAAGCGGGCGGGCAGGGACUCCUUAAGCUACGCCGCUGCUCACCUUGAGACG